AUGAAAAAAUUACAAAUAUUGCGUUUAGAUAAUGAUACGGUACAAAAAGUGGACCUGGAAAUAGGUAGUAAUAUCAUUAGUCGAAGUGUAACUGGAUGCGAUGAUGACCGAGUUAUAAAACAGGCAGCAAUAAUAAAUUUAACAUCUGAUAAUGAAAUGACAAUAAUACCGUGUUUUAUAGGAAUUAUUUCUUACUAUCAGGUUUCACCAUGUUACAUGAAAUCUAUCGAAUCAUCGCGAUGGCAGUUUCUUAAACUAGGUGUUACAGUCCCGAUAAAACCUGGAGACAUUUGCACUCUAGUACUGGAUAAAUGUUGGUUUAAAAUCAUAUCAGUAUCUGAUAAAAUGGAAAAUAACAAGGACAACACAUUAAAACGAAAAGUUAACGAAGUUGUAGAUUCUGAAACCAUAUAUGAUAAAAAGCUCUGUUCAGAAUCAGGAGAAGGAGAUAAUUUGAAUAAUAAUAAUGAUAUAAUUAAAGUAACUACUGGAGAAAAUGUUAUAAAUAAAAAUAAUUUACCAUAUGAUGAAAUUAAAGAUAAAAUACAAGACUUGAAUUGUGGAUUAAUAUACAAAUCACAAAGUACAUACAACUCAUCUGUAAUGGAGAAAGAUGAUUAUGAAGUUCAAAAUAUAAAUGAAAAUACUUCUAUAAAUGACAAAACUCUAAAUCUUAAGGAGAAUUUCGAUGUUCCUUCUAUACAGAAGGACAAUGGAAAUGUCACAACAAUAGAUACAAAGUCUUCUAUUCUAGAAGAAGCACAUGGAUCAGGAGGUUUAACUAAAACAGUUGUAAAUGAUUUUAGAAGAACAAAGUGCAAAUAUGGAAAAGAAUGUUAUAGGAGAAGUUCACAACAUAAAACUAAAUUUAGUCAUCCUGAAGAUUCUGAUUAUGAUCUCCCUGAUAAUAGAGAAGAGUGUCCCUAUGGCAUCCAAUGUUAUCGUAAAAAUCCUCAGCAUAAAAUACAAUUCAAACAUACUAGUACAAAUGUUACAAGUAAACAUAAUAGAAGAAGUCGUAAACAAACACAAAUACAAACAGCUUUGGAAACUGUAAGUGGAAUGGAAGAUUCAUCUGUAGAUGAAUCUGAUGAGGAAUCCAUUGAUGAAUCUGAGUAUGAUCCUUCAAGUGAUAUUGAAAGUUUAGAUGAUGAGGAAAUGUACUCUGAUGAAAAUGAAAGUGAGCAACAAGAUGAUAUGAUUGAUUAA